UAUCCUGCGAAAUGAGGAAGGAAGCUGCUUUUUUGGAUGGUAUAAAUUAGGAGCCAAUCAAGGUGAUGGGCAUUCAGAUCUGGCUUUUUGCCUCUUGCAAAAUUGAGCUGAACCACAAAGGAAAUCUGUGAAGGCAUGAACUCUCUCAGAGCCUUUACUCUUCUGUCCCUGGUGCUCAACCUCAAGAAUGCACAGGGCCAUCUCUCUGAAAGCAGCUGUAAGCGUUUUGCAGACAUCCUGCCUCACAAGCUCCGAGAGUUGCGGGUCACGUUUCAUGAGAUUAGAGAUUAUUUUCAAGCCAGAGAUGAUGAGCUAGAGAUCAUGCUGUUGAAAGAGGAUCUACUGGAAGAUUUCAAGGGGUACUUGGGCUGUCAGUCAGUGGCAGAAAUGAUACAGUUUUAUCUGGAAGUUGUUUUGCCCAACGUAACCACUGGCAGCACCAUUCAGCGGACUGUAGACUUUCUUGGAAAUAGGCUGCUGGAUCUCAGACAGACAAUCAAGCGCUGUCAUAGGUUCUUCAUCUGUGAAAAGGAAAGCAAAACAAUAACGAACAUCAAAGAAACCUAUGCAAAGCUGCAAGGCAAAGGCAUCUAUAAAGCAAUGGGAGAGUUUGACAUUUUCAUUAACUACAUUGAAGAAUACCUGGCAAUGAAGAUGAAAAAAUGAAACUGUUUUUUCCACUCAGGAAAACUAACUUCUGUAACUGUAACUGGAAUAUACUUCGCAAAGUUGUUACAAGAAAUCAGUAUUAUACAAUACUAUAUAUUUUUAACUUAAAUUUAUUUAUUAACACAGAUACCUCAGUUUUUGUCAGUGUUUUAUACAUUUUUAUAAAGGAAAAGCUAUAACGUAAUUUAUUGACCUGUUUUUUGCUUCUCCUUCUCCUUUUUACAUAGCGUGUUUUUGUCCUUUUAGUUUUCUCUUAGCUUAGGAAUGCUCCAAAUUGUAGCACUCAAGGAAAUGCUUUUUAGGAAGUGAGAAAUAGUGAGAAGUGGAUUCUAAAUCUGUAUUACAUUUGAGUCAGCAUUUUGGAUUUAAAUGUGAGCUCCGUGAUCCAAAGACUUCAAACAGGUUGCUAAUUUCAGCAAGGGGACUGUCUGCUGGAACAAUAUUAAGUACAUCUGAGCGUGUCAGUUUCCAUUUCAGGUCAGAUGUUAACAACUGAUAGUUUGAAAGUACAGCCACCAGGCUGCUAGCUCCAAUCAGUCAAAGGGAACACAUCCCAACAGGGCUUAAAGACCCUCAC